AUCACUCCUGUGGAAGACGGGAUGAAGAGCGUCCUCCCUGACUCGCUUCACAUCUUCAACGCCAUCAGCGGCACGCCGACCUCCGUCACCAUCCAGGGCAUGCCGCACUCGGCCUCUGUGAUAUGAUCUAGAUCCAGAUCAAGGAUUGUAGAUUCACAGAUGAGCUGCUGGGACCAGAGACUCGCUCUUGUUGUUUUGCACCCUGGUCGAAUCAGACGACCAAAAACGAGACACUGGACUCUAGUUUUAUUCUUUAACCACACUAAAGUUGGACGUGUUGGCAGUUUAGAAGACAGCACUGAGGAGAGGCCUGAGAAGAAAAGUUACUUCUUUUUUUUUUACGUUAUGGACAGAUAUCAUUUUUUAUGAGACAAAACCUAAGCAGUGUUUUCCAAGGAAACAUUCCUCUUGGGAAUCUUUUUUUAAAACUUGCAUGUUGCUACAUCACCCGCUCCAAACAUCCAGUUUUUUCCUAAUUUUUAUAGUAUUUCACAUUAUGUUUUUAUGUACAGUAUUCCACUUUUAUAAGCCACUGUAAUGAUAAAUGUUGCACACGUCGAAGCUCAUCUCCAUUAUCUAGUGACAUUUUCAGAAAAGGCAGUUUUGCAGAAUGGGACUCUUUGCAUCUUAAAUCACUUUAAUGUCUUAGGGAGUUUUGUAAUAUUUAAAGCCAUUGCAUAAAGCAUAUUCCACAUUGUUCAAUGUUGUAUAUAAAAAAGGACUGUGUGCAAUAUUUGCAGAGUAUCUUGCUGUGUGGGGAUCAGACACUGUAAGGAAAAUGUUCACCUUCUUGCCAAAGCGACGAGGUGCAGAGAGAAGACACAACGCUUACUGUGGAAAAAAAAAGCUUUUGCUGUUUUAUGUGUUUGUUUUUAUGUUUAAAGAAAUGUUUUAUAUUUCAGCAGCAUUGUUUUUUUAUAUAAAUAUUUAACACAAGUCACUGUUCUGCUGUAAACAGAGAUAUUCCCUACUGCUUAUCUUUUAAAUAAAACACUCAUUUCCCUUC